UUGAAUUGAAAAUGAACUCUUUCGUUAAAUCAGCAGCCCUAUUGUUGCUUGCUACAGUGGGAGUAUUAGAAGCUGCCGUGGCUCAAGAUGAAAUUAAUUAUAUGCCAGGUUUAGCUAAACAACCUAAUUUUAAACAAUAUUCGGGUUAUUUGAAGGCAUCAGGAACAAAGAAAUUACACUAUUGGUUUGUGGAAUCUGUUGGAAAUCCUGCCAAAGACCCUCUUGUUUUAUGGAUGAAUGGUGGUCCAGGUUGUAGUUCUGUUCUCGGAUUAUUGACCGAGCAUGGACCAUUUAGAAUAAACCCUGAUGGAAAGACCGUGGUUUAUAACCCAUACAGUUGGAAUCUCUUAGCUAAUAUGCUGUAUCUUGAAGCACCUGCUGGUGUAGGUUUCUCCUAUUCGGAUGAUAAAAAUUACACAACAAAUGAUGAUGAAGUUGCUCAAAAUAAUUUCCUCGCUUUGAAAGACUUCUUUUCCAAAUAUCCAGAAUAUUCCAAAAAUGAGUUUUACGUAACUGGUGAAAGUUAUGGCGGUGUGUACGUACCAACACUCAGUGCUUUGGUGGUUGAUGAUAAAGAGAUAAAUUUCCAGGGAAUGGCAAUCGGAAAUGGUUUGUCAAGUUAUGAUCUCAAUGACAAUUCGUUAAUUUAUUUUGCAUAUUAUCACGGGUUAUAUGAUGAAGUUAUUUGGGACUCCCUUGUGCAGAAUUGCUGUAAUGGAAAUGCAACCGGUCGUUGUAUGUUCACAAAAGCCGUGAGUAACCAGAAAUGUAAGGAAGCCGUCACCACAGCCAGUCAGAUUGUCUAUUCCAGUGGACUUAAUGUUUACAAUCUGUACGGAGAAUGUGCUGGAGGAGUCCAAAAAACAAGUGUACGCUUCGACGCUCAACGAAACAAGGUCGUUUCCAAUAAUUUUGGCUGGUUGUUGUCCAACACCGAUUACAUCAAGAAGGAAUUCGAACUUUUAAAAACUCUUGCACCUGGAAGUUUGUCUUUAGAUCCACCUUGCAUUAAUGCCACCAAUGUUGCUAAAUAUUUAAAUUCUCCAGAAGGUCGACAAGCUCUUCAUAUACCAGAACAAGUUCAACCUUGGACAACCUGUAGUGGCGAGGUUAGCGCCAAUUAUGUUUCAACUUACAUGGAAAUGUCAGCUCAGUACAAGAAAAUUCUGGCUGCCAAGAAACGAGUUUUAGUCUACAAUGGUGACGUUGAUAUGGCUUGUAAUUUUCUCGGUGAUGAAUGGUUCAUUGAAGAUCUUGAUCUCGAUGUCGUUGCUGAAAGAAUGGAAUGGUUCUAUAUGGCCGCCGACGGAACAAAACAAGUCGCAGGAUUUGUCAAACAAUUUGAAGAUUUGGAUUUAGUGACUGUUCGAGGUUCAGGUCACAUGGUACCCACAGAUAGACCAAUAGCAGCUCUUAGAAUGUUUUCAAAUUAUCUAACAAUUAGACAAUAAUUAUUAACUUAAAGA